GCAUUAGAAAUUUAGUAUAUGUCGUAUCAUUCAUUCAUCAUACAGAAAAGAAUACAGAUAAGACGUUUGGUAUUUGUUGUAACCAAAAUAUUGGUUAUUUUGAUUGUAUUUAAUGAAAUACGAUGUCUAAGAAGGAGGAAAACAUGAGUGCAAUGGAAACCAAUGAAAAUUCUAAUGAAUCUUCAUCCAAUACGAAUGAAUCAAGAGAAAAAGAAACCGAAUUUGAAAACAAAAUCGAAAUGGAUCGAUCGAAACGAUUUGAUUAUUUAUUAAAACAAACCGAAAUUUUUACACAUUUCAUGACAAACACAGGUCCGAAGUCGCCAAAUAAAGUCAAAUCUGUCGGUCGACCGAAGAAAAACAAAGACGCCACCGAUGCUGGCGAUCAUCGUCAUCGUAAAACUGAACAAGAAGAAGAUGAAGAAUUGUUAGCGGAGGUAAAUAAAACUCCGGCGGUAUUUCGAUUCGAAGAGUCUCCACGUUACAUUGAAAGUGGCGAGAUGCGUGAUUAUCAAAUCAGGGGUCUCAAUUGGAUGAUUUCAUUGUAUGAAAAUGGUAUUAACGGCAUUUUAGCUGAUGAAAUGGGGUUGGGAAAAACAUUACAAACUAUUUCAUUAAUUGGUUAUUUAAAACAUUUCAAGAAUAACUGUGGUCCGCAUAUUGUGAUUGUGCCUAAAUCCACUUUACAAAACUGGAUGAAUGAAUUCCAAAAGUGGUGUCCAUCAAUCAGAGCAGUAUGUUUGAUUGGCGACCAAGACAAGCGUACACAAUUUAUCCGAGAUGUAUUGAUGCCUGGCGAGUGGGAAGUGUGCAUAACAUCGUAUGAAAUGUGUAUUCGUGAAAAAUCUGUUUUCAAGAAAUUUAAUUGGCGCUACAUGGUUAUAGACGAAGCGCAUCGAAUAAAAAAUGAAAAAUCAAAGUUAUCCGAAAUUUUGCGUGAAUUCAAAACAGCAAAUCGCUUACUUCUAACUGGAACGCCAUUACAAAAUAACCUACAUGAACUGUGGGCAUUGCUCAAUUUCUUGUUGCCUGACGUAUUUAACAGUGCCGAUGACUUUGACGAAUGGUUUAAUACAAAUCAGUGCUUAGGGGACGAUAGUUUGGUGGCUCGAUUGCAUGCAGUGUUACGUCCAUUUCUAUUGCGUCGACUAAAAUCUGAGGUGGAAAAACGUUUAAAACCGAAGAAAGAGAUUAAAAUAUUUGUCGGACUCUCAAAGAUGCAACGCGAAUGGUAUACAAAAAUUUUAAUGAAAGAUAUUGACAUUGUCAACGGUGCCGGUAAAAUGGAGAAAAUGCGAUUGCAAAAUAUUUUGAUGCAAUUACGAAAAUGCACGAAUCACCCAUAUUUGUUUGAUGGAGCUGAACCGGGCCCACCAUACACAACGGACAAACAUUUGAUUACAAAUUGCGGCAAAAUGGUUGUAUUAGACAAGCUAUUGCCAAAAUUACAAGAGCAAAGGUCACGUGUUUUAAUUUUUAGUCAAAUGACAAGAAUGCUGGAUAUACUCGAAGAUUAUUGUUAUUGGCGUCAAUUCCAAUACUGUCGUUUGGACGGAAAAACAGCGCACGAAGAUCGUGAUCGUUAUAUCAGCGAAUAUAAUGCAGAGAAUAGUGAAAAGUUUAUUUUUAUGUUGUCAACACGUGCUGGUGGUUUAGGUAUUAAUUUGGCCACUGCCGAUGUUGUAAUCAUAUAUGAUUCGGAUUGGAAUCCACAAAUGGACUUACAGGCCAUGGACCGUGCCCAUCGUAUUGGGCAGAAAAAACAAGUGCGUGUAUUCCGAUUCAUAACAGAAAACACCGUCGAGGAAAAAGUUAUUGAACGUGCCGAAGUUAAGUUACGCCUUGACAAAUUGGUUAUACAACAAGGCAAAUUAGUGGAUAACAAAUCCAAUCAAUUGGGCAAGGAUGAAAUUUUAAAUAUGAUUCGUCAUGGUGCAAAUCAUGUUUUUGCUUCGAAAGACUCAGAUAUUACAGACGAUGAUAUUGAUCAAAUUUUGGCAAAAUGUGAAGAAAAGACAGCCGAACAAAAAAUGAAGCUCGAUCAAUUGGGGGAAAGUUCAUUGCGCAAUUUCACAAUGGAUAUGCCAUCUAGUUCGGGUCAAUAUGUGUAUCAGUUUGAAGGUGAAGAUUUUCGUGAAAAGGCAAAAAUGAUGACUCUUGGCAAUUGGAUUGAACCGCCAAAGCGUGAACGUAAAGCGAACUAUGCAGUUGAUGCAUAUUUUAGAGAGGCAUUACGUACAUCUGAGCCAAAAGCACCAAAAGCACCACGUCCACCCAAACAACCAAUUGUUCAAGAUUUUCAAUUUUUUCCACCUCGGCUCUUCGAACUUCUUGACCAAGAGAUUUACUAUUUCCGUAAAACAUUGAACUAUAAAGUACCACGCAAUACAGAGCUCGGACCCGAAGCAACCCGCAUUCAACGUGAAGAACAACGUAAAAUUGAUGAAGCCGAGCAGCUAACUGAGGACGAAAUCGGCGAAAAAGAAUCAUUAUUAAUGCAAGGUUUUACAAAUUGGACGAAACGUGAUUUUAAUCAGUUUAUUAAAGCAAAUGAAAAAUUUGGCCGCGACGAUAUUGACAACAUAGCCAAAGAAGUGGAAGGCAAAUUUCCCGAGGAAGUGGUCGAAUAUAGUCAAGUGUUUUGGGAGAGAUUCCAUGAGCUAACCGACAUUGAACGAAUUAUUGCACAAAUUGAAAGAGGCGAAUCGAAAAUUCAACGUAGAGCAUCAAUAAAACGGGCACUGGAUGCCAAGGUAUGCAAUAAAUAAUUGAUUUAAUAAAUAUA